UAUUCUCUGAUGCGACCAAAGCGCCACUCCCGUUGUGUCAUUUAAAGGCGACGAAAUCGAAAAACCGAGUGGGAGAUUCGAAUGUUAACUGUAGGGUUAUUGCUAUUUGCAGAUGCAAUUUUUUGGUUUGAUAUUACAAAACAAUUGAUUAUAACAAAACUUUACUUUUAAAUUUUGUUGCGAUAUUUCCCGCUUCGCUGUUUACCGAAAAUCACUUUCUUGUUGUUGCUCUUGUCGGAGUGGACCGUUGUCAUUACCUAGCAAGCUAACUGUUGUUAGCUAAGAAUGUAGCUGGCAAAACAUGAUAGCAUACACUUUUUAAUGUUUGGUAACGUCUAACAAAACCACAAAGUCCACUGAUAUCAGAGAAGACACAGGAACGUGUGUGUGAAGAUGGCCACAGCCAGUAAGACCCCUCCCGGUGCAGACCCCAAGCAGCUGGAGCGCACGGGCACUGUGAGGGAAAUCGGGUCCCAGGCCGUGUGGUCGCUUUCGUCCUGCAAGCCCGGUUUCGGGGUGGACCAGCUACGUGAUGACAACCUGGAGACCUAUUGGCAGUCUGACGGCUCGCAGCCACACCUGGUCAACAUUCAGUUCAGAAGAAAAACCACAGUGAAGAUGCUUUGCAUAUAUGCUGAUUACAAGUCAGACGAGAGCUACACACCCAGCAAAAUCUCUGUGCGAGUUGGAAACAAUUUUCAUAACUUACAAGAGAUCCGGCAGCUGGAGAUGGUGGAGCCCAGCGGCUGGACCCACAUCCCCCUGCUGGACCUGCUGAACCGGCCCAUCCGCACCUUCAUGAUCCAGAUCGCCGUGCUGGCCAACCACCAGAACGGCCGCGACACGCACAUGCGCCAGAUCAAGGUCUACACGCCCGUGGAGGAGAGCUCCAUCGGCAAGUUCCCACGAUGCACCACUGUGGACUUCAUGAUGUACCGCACCAUUAGAUGAUGCCCCCUCCCGCUUUCUUGCCUAAAUCUGUCAGUUCCUUGUUUGAUUCAUCUCUUACCCACCUGUGCCAUUUCAGUCUGGACUGACCGCCCAAACCCGCCUGCAUUAACUGCUUUUAUUUUUUAAAAGGCCAUGAUUUUCACAAGUUUGUAUGUGUGGAUUAAACUGAGUUCUGAGCUCUGCUGUGUCUGUUUCAUCCGAUCAGAUCUCUGAUCUAAGAAACGGUGAGCCACUACAUCUCCUCUCUGUAUCUCUCCACCAGAGGUCAGCAUUUUACCAAGAAAAUAUAGUUUUUUUUACAGCCUUGUGCCAUGUAGUUACUAAUUUCUAGAAAUGGAGUACAGGCCUGUUGUAAAUAGAGAUUUACGUCACUGUACUGAAGCACUGCCCAUCUCGUUGGUAUUAAAAGUCCUGAGUCCUCAAAAGCA